GGUGUACCUGGGCCUCAGGGACCCCAAGGACCACAAGGACCCAGCGGCGCUCCAUCAUAGGACCCCCAGGUUCUCCGGGAGAGAGAGGACAGAAAGGUGAAGGUGGACAACAAGGACUACAGGGAAUCGCCGGCCGAGCCGGAGCUCCCGGCAGAGACGGCCCCCCAGGACCCAGGGGCCUGACGGGUAAAGACGGCCCGCCGGGCAGACCGGGACCCUCAGGGACCAUGGGGACGCCAGGAGCCCCCGGGGCCACGGGUCACACGGGGCCUUCAGGAAAACAGGGAGAACUGGGACCCCCGGGUCCUCCUGGAACCAAAGGGGACAAAGGGGAACGGGGUGAUCUGCAGUCGACAGCGUCGGUCCAGGACAUCGCCAGGCAGGUCUGUGAGCAGCUCAUUCAGAGCCACAUGGAGCGCUACAACUCCAUCCUGAACCAGGCGCCCAGUCCGCCAGUGUCCAUCCGCACUGUGCCGGGACCCCCCGGAGAGCCUGGUAGACAGGGAACCCCGGGGCCCCAGGGAGAACAGGGACCCACAGGAAGACCAGGCUUCCCCGGACAGAACGGGCAGAACGGGCAACCGGGAGAACGAGGUCAACCAGGAGAAAAGGGUGAUAGAGGAUCUCAAGGUGUUGGAGUCCAGGGCCCCAGAGGACCUCCAGGACCCCCCGGAGCCCCAGGCCAGGGCAGACCUGGCAGCCAGGGUCCCUCAGGGCGGCCUGGAAAUCCUGGGACCCCUGGUCGUCCCGGGGUCCCCGGACCCGUCGGCUCCACUGGGCCUCCGGGCUACUGCGACCAGAACUCCUGUAUGGGCUACAAUGUUGGAGAGGUUGAAGAUGUCACUGACCGCGGCGCUGUCCCCGCAGUCCAACUGCCGCCCAACGUCUUCCAGAGCUACGGCGAGGCCGAGGAGGACGACCCCUACCGCUACUAGAGCCCAGCUACCCGGCGCCGCGGCCCGUGGCGCCCGGCGACCCGGCGCUCGCCCCGGACGACGACGGCGGCGAGCCGGGUUACCGCGGCGCCCGGAGCCUCGACGACGGCGAGGACGAGGAGGACAGGGUGGCGCCGAAGAGGAGACGGAAGAGGGACGCUAAGGCACUGCCUGGACUAGUUAAAUGAGAGGACGGGAUCGUCGGAGGCCGCUCGCUGUUUGUGAUUGGCCGGUUCGGAGCCGUCAUGGACCAAUCAACAAGUGCCUGAUGUAGAGGGUUUCUUAUGGACAUAGUGGGGGGGGCAGUGGGGGCGGGGGGGGGGGUUCAGGUUGGGACUGUUUUAACUCGUCUAUGCUAUUGAUUUAAGUUGUUUUUGUCUCAAAAUGGAUUCCGCUGAACUGGUUUUAUAUUUCUCGUCUCUAACGGUGUUUUUCCACCGCUGGUAACAGCUCGCCACGACACGACUCGCCACGACACGCCACGACUCAACACGCCACGACUCAACACGCCACGACACGACCCACGACACGCCACGCCACGCCACGACUCAACACCCCCGACACGCAUGCCACGACACGACACGCCAGACACCACGACACGCCACACCCACGACACACCACCCCGACCCACGC